UGUAUCUAGGAGCGCUCUGUCCAUCGUAGGCGGGGGCAGCAGCGGUCCGGUCUGCAGCCCGCUGUGAGCUCUCACCAUCCCACCAAUACAUGCGUGUCCCUCAGAGCGGAUCUGCUGCUGCUGCUGUACAGACAGGGACGCCGAUCUGACCGCUGAUUCGCUGACAAACGGCAGGUGUCUACAUCCCACUGGUAAAUUCCAGGGAAGAUGUCUCAUCGCAGUGGGCAAGAGGAUCCGGAGCGGUACCUGUUUGUGGACCGGGCCGUUGUGUACAACCCAGCCACCCAGGCAGACUGGACGGCCAAGAAGCUGGUGUGGGUCCCCUCUGAGCGCCACGGCUUUGAGGGGGCAAGUAUCAGAGAGGAGCGUGGCGAGGAGGUGCUGGUGGAACUGGCGGAGAAUGGAAAGAAGGUGGUGAUCAACAAGGAUGACAUCCAGAAGAUGAACCCACCAAAGUUCAGCAAGGUGGAGGACAUGGCUGAGCUCACCUGCCUGAAUGAGGCAUCAGUGCUGUACAACCUGAAGGAUCGCUACUACUCCGGACUCAUUUAUACAUAUUCCGGUCUUUUUUGUGUGGUCAUCAACCCUUACAAGAACCUGCCCAUCUAUUCAGAGAACAUCAUAGAGAUGUACAGAGGAAAGAAGAGACAUGAAAUGCCUCCGCACAUUUAUGCCAUCUCAGAGUCAGCGUACCGCUGCAUGCUCCAAGACCGAGAGGACCAAUCAAUUCUUUGCACAGGUGAAUCAGGAGCUGGCAAGACUGAGAACACAAAGAAGGUCAUCCAGUACCUGGCCCAUGUUGCCUCCUCACACAAAGGACGCAAAGACCACAACAUUCCACCCGAUUCUCCCAAAGCAUUCAAGCUGCAGGGGGAGUUGGAACGUCAGCUCCUACAAGCCAAUCCCAUCCUAGAGUCAUUUGGCAACGCCAAGACUGUGAAGAACGACAACUCAUCCCGUUUUGGGAAGUUUAUCAGAGUCAACUUUGACGUAACAGGAUACAUCGUUGGAGCCAAUAUUGAAACCUAUCUUCUAGAGAAGUCCAGAGCCAUCAGACAGGCAAAAGACGAGAGGACUUUCCACAUUUUCUACCGCCUGUUGGCAGGAGCUGGGGAGCACCUUCGAACUGACCUGCUUCUAGAGGGAUUUAACAGCUACAGGUUCUUGUCCAAUGGUAACAUUCCCAUCCCGGGACAGCAGGACAAGGAGAACUUCCAGGAGACAAUGGAUGCGAUGCACAUAAUGGGCUUCACCCAUGAUGAGAUAGUCUGCAUGUUAAAGGUGGUGUCUGCUGUGCUGCAGUUUGGCAACGUUGUGUUCAAGAAGGAGAGGAACACCGAUCAAGCCUCAAUGCCUGAGAACACGGCGGCGCAGAAGCUCUGCCACCUGCUUGGCAUGAAUGUUAUGGAGUUCACUCGAGCCAUCCUCACCCCGAGGAUCAAAGUGGGACGUGACUACGUGCAAAAAGCUCAGACCAAAGAGCAGGCUGACUUUGCUGUUGAAGCCCUGGCCAAGGCGACGUAUGAGCGGCUGUUCCGCUGGCUGGUCCACCGCAUCAACAAGGCCCUGGACCGGACCAAACGACAGGGGGCCUCCUUCAUUGGCAUUCUGGACAUUGCAGGCUUUGAGAUCUUUGAGCUAAACUCUUUCGAGCAGCUCUGCAUCAACUACACUAACGAGAAGCUGCAGCAGCUCUUCAACCACACCAUGUUCAUCCUGGAGCAGGAGGAGUACCAGAGGGAGGGCAUCGAAUGGAGCUUCAUCGACUUCGGCCUCGACCUGCAGCCAUGCAUUGAUCUCAUUGAGAGGCCGAAUAAUCCUCCAGGAAUCCUGGCUUUGCUUGAUGAGGAGUGCUGGUUUCCCAAAGCCACAGACAAGACCUUUGUGGACAAAGUGCUGCAGGAGUUAGGCACGCACUCCAAGUUUCAGAAACCUCGUCAACUAAAAGACAAGGCGGACUUCUGCAUCAUCCACUAUGCAGGGAGGGUGGACUAUAAAGCUGAUGAAUGGCUCAUGAAGAACAUGGAUCCUCUAAAUGAUAACGUGGCCACACUGCUUCACCAGUCCACAGACAAAUUUGUGUCCGAGCUCUGGAAAGAUGUUGACCGGAUCGUGGGUCUGGACCAGGUGGCAGGCAUGAACGAGACGGCAUUUGGAGCUGCCUACAAGACCAAGAAAGGCAUGUUCCGCACCGUUGGACAGCUGUACAAAGAGCAGCUGUCCAAACUGAUGGCAACGCUCAGGAACACAAACCCCAACUUUGUGCGCUGCAUCAUCCCCAACCAUGAAAAAAGAGCUGGUAAAUUGGACCCCCACCUGGUUCUGGACCAGUUGAGAUGUAAUGGUGUGUUGGAGGGGAUCCGUAUCUGCAGACAGGGAUUCCCCAAUCGCAUCGUUUUCCAGGAGUUCAGACAGAGAUAUGAGAUCCUGACUCCUAAUGCCAUUCCCAAGGGUUUCAUGGAUGGCAAGCAGGCCUGCGAGCGAAUGAUUCAAGCACUUGAACUCGACGGCAACCUCUUCCGCAUCGGCCAGAGCAAGAUCUUCUUCAGAACUGGAGUCCUGGCUCACUUAGAGGAAGAGAGGGACCUGAAGAUCACAGACAUCAUUAUUUACUUCCAGGCCGUCUGUAGAGGAUAUCUGGCGCGCAAAGCCUUUGCUAAGAAGCAGCAGCAGCUCAGUGCCCUAAAAGUCCUCCAGAGAAACUGCGCUGCUUACUUGAAGCUGCGUCACUGGCAGUGGUGGAGACUCUUCACCAAGGUGAAGCCCCUGCUGCAGGUGACCAGGCAGGAGGAGGAGAUGCAGGCUAAAGAUGAGGAGCUGGUCAAAGUGAAGGAGAAGCAGAUGAAGGUGGAAGGGGAGCUGGUGGAGAUGGAGAGGAAGCAUCAGCAGUUACUGGAAGAGAAGAACAUCCUUGCGGAGCAGCUGCAGGCAGAAACAGAGCUAUUUGCAGAGGCAGAGGAGAUGAGAGCUCGGCUGGCAUCCAAAAAACAAGAACUGGAGGAGAUCCUGCAUGACCUGGAGUCCAGGCUGGAGGAGGAAGAGGAGAGGAGUCAAGGACUGCAGAAUGAGAAGAAGAAGAUGCAGUCCCACAUCCAGGACCUGGAGGAACAGUUGGAUGAAGAGGAGGGUGCAAGGCAGAAACUUCAGCUUGAGAAAGUAACUGCUGAAGCUAAGAUGAAGAAGUAUGAGGAGGAUAUUUUACUGUUGGAGGACCAGAACUCCAAAUUCCUAAAGGAGAAGAAGCUGCUUGAAGACAGAAUCAACGAAAUGACACUGAUGUUAGCUGAAGAGGAGGAGAAAGCCAAAAAUUUAGGGAAGAUAAGGAACAAGCAGGAGAUGAUGAUGGUUGACCUGGAGGAGAGACUGAAAAAGGAGGAGAAAACUCGUCAGGAGCUGGAGAAGGCUAAGAGGAAGCUCGAUGGAGAGACGUCUGACUUCCAGGACCAAAUAGGCGAGCUGCAGUCACAGAUAGAGGAGCUGAAAACUCAGCUGAGCAAGAAGGAGGAGGAACAGCAGAUGAUGCAAACCAGAGGGGAGGAAGAGAUCAACCAGAAGAACAACGCUCUGAAGCAGAUCAGGGAGCUGCAGGCCCAGCUGUCUGAGCUGCAGGAGGACCUUGAGUCAGAGAAGCAGGCCAGAAACAAAGCUGAGAAACUCAAGAGGGAUCUGAGCGAGGAGCUGGAGGCCCUGAAGACGGAGCUGGAAGACACCCUGGAUACGACUGCAGCGCAGCAGGAGCUCAGAACCAAACGUGAGCAGGAGGUGGCGGAGCUGAAGAAAGCCAUUGAAGAGGAAACUAAAAACCAUGAAGCUCAGAUUCAGGAGAUGAGACAAAGGCAAGCAACCGCCCUGGAGGAGCUGUCAGAACAGCUGGAGCAGGCCAAAAGGUUUAAAGCUAACUUAGAAAAGACCAAGCAGAGCCAAGAGAGUGCCAACAAGGAGCUGACCAAUGAAGUGAAAACCUUACAGCAGGCAAAGACAGAGUCUGAACACAAGAGGAAGAAGCUGGAGGGUCAGCUGCAGGAGUACAUGGCCCGAGUCACAGAGGGGGAGAGGGCCAAAGGGGAGCUGGCUGAGCGCACGCACAAGCUGCAGACUGAACUGGACAAUGUGUCCGCCUUGCUGGAAGAUGCAGAGAGGAAGGGGAUCAAGACGGCCAAAGAUCUUGCCGGAUUGGAGAGUCAGCUGCAAGACACGCAGGAGCUUCUCCAGGAAGAGACGCGCCAGAAACUGAACCUGAGCAGCCGUGUUCGCCAGCUGGAGGAGGAGAAAACCGCCCUGCAAGAGCAGCAGGAGGAGGACGAGGAGGCGCGCAAGAAUCUGGAGAAGCAGCUGUUGACAGUUCAGGCUCAGCUGUCAGAGAGCAAAAAGAAGCUCGAGGAUGACGUCGGGACGAUAGAAGGCCUGGAGGAGACGAAGAAGAAAUUGCAGAAGGAUCUGGAGCUGUCCAACCAACGCCUGGAAGAGAAGACGAUUGCUUUUGAGAAGAUGGAGAAGACAAAGACUCGUCUUCAGCAGGAGCUGGAUGAUCUCACCGUUGACUUGGAUCAUCAGAGACAGAUCGUCUCCAACCUGGAGAAGAAGCAGAAGAAGUUUGACCAGAUGCUGGCUGAGGAGAAAAGCAUCUCAGCUCGUUAUGCUGAGGAGCGGGACCGCGCAGAAGCCGAGGCCAGAGAGAAGGAGACCAAAGCUCUGUCCAUGACCCGAGCUUUAGACGAGGCCCUGGAGGCCAAAGAGGAGCUGGAGAGGAUUAACAAGCAGCUCAGAGCUGAGAUGGAAGAUCUGAUGAGCUCAAAGGACGACGUUGGCAAGAAUGUCCAUGAGCUAGAGAAGUCCAAGCGCACUCUGGAGCAGCAGCUGGAGGAGAUGAAGACCCAGCUGGAGGAGCUGGAGGACGAGCUGCAGGCCACAGAGGACGCCAAGCUGCGUCUGGAGGUCAACAUGCAGGCCAUGAAGGCUCAAUACGAAAGAGACCUUCAGGGCCGGGAUGAUCAGAACGACGAGAAGAAAAGAGCGCUGGUCAAACAGGUGCGAGAAAUGGAAGCAGAGCUGGAGGAUGAAAGAAAGCAGAAAGCUUUGGCUGUGGCUGCCAAGAAGAAGCUGGAGAUGGACUUAAAGGAUAUAGAGGGACACAUAGAAGGAGCCAACAAGGCUCGCGAUGAAGCCAUUAAGCAGCUACGCAAGUUACAGGCUCAAAUGAAGGACUAUCAGAGGGAGCUGGAGGACACCAGAGCCUCCAGAGAUGAUAUCUUUGCGUUGUCUAAGGAGACGGAGAAGAAACUUAAAAGCCUGGAAGCGGAAAUUGUUCAACUACAUGAGGAUCUGGCAGCUUCUGAAAGGGGUCGCCGCCAUGCAGAGCAAGAGCGAGACGAGCUGCAGGAUGAGAUCUCCAACAGCACUUCGGGAAAGGCUGCCCUGAUGGAUGAGAAGAGGAGGCUGGAGGCUCGGAUCGCUCAGCUGGAGGAGGAGCUGGAGGAGGAACAGGGCAACAUGGAGCUGCUCAAUGACCGCUUCAGGAAAACAAACAUGCAGGUGGACACGCUGACCACCGAGCUGAGUGUGGAGCGCAGCGCUGCGCAAAAGAGCGAAAACGCUCGCCAGCAGUUGGAGCGCCAAAACAAGGACCUGCGUGCCAAACUGAGCGAGCUGGAGGGUUCAGUGAAAAGCAGAUUCAAGGCCUUCAUCACCGCCCUAGAGGCGAAGAUAGUGCAGCUGGAGGAACAGCUGGAGCAGGAGGCCAGGGAGCGAGCAGCAGCCAACAAGAUCGUGAGGAGAACAGAGAAGAAGCUGAAAGAAGUCUGCAUGCAGGUGGAGGAUGAGCGUCGCCAUGGUGAUCAAUUUAAGGAGCAGCUGGAGAAGGCUAACUCCCGCAUGAAGCAGCUGAAGCGGCAGCUGGAGGAGGCGGAGGAGGAGGCCACCAGGGCCAACGCCUCCCGCAGGAAGCUGCAGAGGGAGCUGGAUGACGCCACAGAGGCCAGCGAGGGCCUGAGCAGAGAGGUUCACACUCUGAAAAACCGUCUGAGACGCGGCGGCCCCAUAACCUUCUCCUCCAGUCGCUCGGGCCGACGCCCCCUGCAGGUGGAGGGAACCUCCUUGGACCUACUGUCAGACGACGAGCUGGAAAACAAGAUCACUGACAACAACGCCAACGAGACGCCAGCCCCCCAGCAGGAGUAGAAGAACCUUCUCCUCUCCCUUAUAUCCAUAUAACUAAGCCGCAACAAUCGUUCAGACUUUACCUGCUUGAACAGGGAUCCUCUUCUUCCUUUAUUACUUCUGGUUUUAAUGAACUUUCCAACAAUUCUUUUUUUAAUAUUUUCGCAAAUGAGCUCCCAUCCAAUUUUAGUCCGAAGCUCUUUUAUUCCUCGCCUAUAUCAGAUAUCUCAUAGUAGACACCAGCAUUUGUACCCCAACGCCCUCAUUACUACUCCUGUAAAGUUUACUUUUAACAAGUCACCACUCUGUGUUUAGCUACAGAGCUGCAGGUGAAACCUUAGAAGCACGAAACCCUGCAGCUUUUAAACAGGAAAAGCAGAACUUGGUGGGCGAAAGAUUCAGGUAAACAGCACUGCAAAAUUUGAAUUAUCAGUUAGGAGUAGAUUGUGAUACAAUACUUUGCAUAAUGGUUUUAGAAAACACUGAACAUUUCCUCAUUUUGUCACACUACACUUGCAAACAAUGUAUUUUUGCUGUGAUUUUUUUGGGAUUGCAGCACUAAGCAGGACGUAGUCGUGAAGUCCAAGAGAUAUUCUGCUGGAAGGUGAACCUCAAGUCUGCUGCAGCUGUAUAUAAGUCCAUCUAACCCGUUUAGAUGGACCUUUCAAAGUAAAGCAGGCUGCAUACGAAUGCACAGCACAGCUCGCUGUUAUACACAGAUUUUAAUUGAUCAGUCGCAUUAAAAUGCUAAUUAAAAACACAUUCAAUUUGCAGUUUUAAGUAAACAAAAUGUGAAAAUGUUCAGUGUUUCUAUGCAUUUGUAUAAACAGACACAUCAUGAAUCUUUUGUUAUUGAAAUGCAGUAUCUCGCAGGGGUAACUUUAACCCUCACAUAUUUGUAAACAUUUUAUCCCAUCUUUAAUGGGACGACACUGGAAAACAGUGGAAGUUAACCCCAUGGUAGAUAACUCAUUAAGGACCUGAUUGGAAGAUGCUGCCGCACAUAAAGAUGCCUUAGACCAUAAGAUUGGUAACAGCAGAAACUGAGUUGCAGCUCGGUUGGCUGGCUCGGUUUAACAGGUACAGGCUCCACUCAGAACAGGCUUCAUCAUGGAAGACCAAAGAAGUUAAGUGUAGAGAAAAAAAAAAUCUGUGAAAUUUUCACUGCAUUCAAUUGGUCUGCAUGACUGGUAUCUAAGAAGGAAACCUCUAAGGAUGACAAACCAUAAAGUAGUUUGUUGAAGGCAGAGUUAAUGUUGAGAAUUACCGUAAACCAUAUCAUGCUGUCUGAUGAAACCAGGAUCCAUUUUUUGGUUCAGGUGGUGUUAAACAGGUCUAGUGAUUACCAUGUUUUGUAAAAGCAAAGCACGGUGGUGGGCGUGUCAUAGUUUAGAGCUGCUAUCUAUGAGGCCCUCAUACCUCAGACCUGUUCACCGAAUGCAUUCUUGGUAAACCCGUUUACCCGUUAGCUCUAUGUGCAGGAGUGCUGCGACACACAUUUCUAGUGACGCCAGAGGCGCGAUUUUGGAGAUUCCAGUGAUGCAGCAGAUGCACAACACCUGCGAUGGAUGCAAAGCAACAGUAGCUGGGAUUGAAAAAUCUAAAUUGGGGACCGGAUGCAUCUGAGGCAGGUUGAAGCAGAGAUCCCGUUUUAUCAAUCAAAAUGGAAGACGGAAAAAAUAAUGUUGACACUAGAUGAAAUAAGGAAAGCCCCUAAGAGUUGUGUUUGGCUUUUAAGGAAAUAAAUAAAAUUAGCUCUUAAAAAGACUAUUAAAUAAUUUAUCAUGUCCUCCUCUUGUAUUUCCAGUGAGAGGCACAGCUAGUCUAUGCCCUUCUUCUUUCUCCAGUCUACCGCUUCUCUGUUUGCACUCACCCUAAUAUUGGUUUGUUAAAGAAACUAAUAGUGGUGAGCAUGCAUCCAGACAUAAGCUGUACUGAGGAUCUGUGAGGCAUCCUCAAACAGAAGCUGGAAAAAUCUAUGUAUUUUGCUGAAAACAUAAAGUUGGCUAAAAGCCAUAAAGUGGAUACCAGUAGGAACCUGUGAAGCUC